AUGGCCGAAGCAGCAGCAGCAGACCCCGAUGGCGACACCACCAUGGAGGUUAUCUCGCCCAAGAACCAGACAUCAUUCCGGGCACCCACGCUAGAGCGCAUCGACAGCCUCGCGUCCAUGGAGUCGCGCGUAGAUCCGGAUGCGCAGACAACAGUCACCGACUUUCUCGAUUUUACCGAUUAUCUACCCUCCGAUGUCGUGCGGUCCUUGAUUCUCAUCGGGAAACUCGACGAGAGGUACGCGAACGCUUCACUCAAGAUCCACGACUUGACCGAACUAUGGGGUUCCUUACCGAAAAUCAAUAUGGAGGAGCGCCCGGCGCCAGUACAGCUCCGGGCCGAUAUUUCAGAGCAUCUCGACCAGGCCGUCAGCUCUCGCGCUUUUGCUCAUGCUGAAGCUAUCAGAAUGUCGGACAAUAUCAGUAGGCAUUACAGCAAGGCCAAAAUUUUGCUAUCGAAACUUAAAAGUAUGAGGGAUAACUACCCAACCGAGGAGCAAAAGAGUCCAGUUCAAACAAAGUCACCACAAGCUGCCAGGAGCAAGGCACUCAAGACUGCGGCAGAUGGCCAGAAACAUCGACGACCACAAGGGCCUAGGAUCAUUGUGCCAGGAGAAGUACUAGCGCCAUACGAUAUCGAUCAGGACAUCCUCACAGACGAAAGCGAUGUAAGCUCAGACGAUGAUUCCGACACGACAGCGCAAAACCGAAGAACACCUGGGCCAGCACCACGGAUCAAGCUUGUCAGCAAUAAACUACCAAAAACGCCCAGCCGUCUUGCUCGUCCAGUUACCUAUGCUACACCCGCACUGAGCGAAGCGGCCGCCGCCAAUAACGCAGCUCUACUUCAGCCCCCGCCUGACGACGCGGUUGUCGGUAGUCCCCAUGCCCCGUGGUUGCAGCUUACCCAGUAUGAGCUGGCCAAGUUGCGAAAGCGCAUGAAGAAGAAUGCGACGUGGACCCCCAGCGAGACUAUGAUUGCUCGUGAGCUGAAAGCUCUUGGCCGCGGCCCUGACGCAUAUCAUGAAGCUAAGAAGGACGCGAAAGAGAAGGGCGAACGAUUCGAACCCGUGGUUCCUCAGGCAAUCGUGGAUACCAAAUCAGGAGAGAAACAGUUGCCAGCUGGUGCCUUGAGUCCAGACACGUUGUCUGCGGAAGAGGUCGCCACCAGCAAUCGUGGUAUGAAGCUCAAUGAAGCUAAGAAAUUGAAAAGGGAGGCUCUUGCCAAGAUGGCAGCUGAGGAAGCAGAGGAGUCAGCGAGGAAAAUGAACGAGGCUGCUAAAUUGUUUCUCGGAAACGGAAAUGGGAACAAAAAUGCCAACAACAACAACAAUACCACAACCAACAACAAUAAUGGGAGUAAUGGCACGCCAAAGACCCCAACGUCUGAGACGCCCGUCAAGGAAACCCCCAAGCCCACCAAAACUCGAGCAGCAUCGCGAUCAACGAAGCGCAAACGAGAACCAGAACCCGAAGAGCCUGCCAAUACCAAUGGGAGCGCCGAAAAGAACGAGAGCCGACCUCAGGUCAAGCGGACCAAAACCGAAACGCCGGUCCCUCCGCCUACGCAACUCACGUUAAGCAAGGGCCCGAGUCCCGAAAACCCGGUGCCCACGCCUGCAGCAGCACCCGUUGAUCAGCCUGUGGCAUCACAUGCCGAGACUCCUGUUCCCAUACCCAUUCCUGCUAUGGCGACCAGGGGAUCGGCCAAGUCUCCAACACCCAACCCAUUUACAACGUCAAAUACUGGACCUACCAAGCCUCCUGGCCCUCCCCAUGAGACCCCAGUCCCUCUGCCAUUUUCUGAAGGACGAAAAUCGGUCACCCCUGUGCUGCCUCCAGUGAGGGAGAACACUAAAAGAGAAACCCGAGGCGAUGCUGCAAAGAGGACACAGCAAGCACAGCAACAGCAGACAGAUCCUCCAGCGAUUCAAGCGAUCCCCGAGGUAUCUGAAGAAGAAACCCUUAAAUCUGAACCAAAAACAUCACCACUACUCCAAACAGCAACUGUACAGAUUGCUGUUGCUCCUCCACAAUCCCCACCUCCCCCACCUCCUCAAUAUGCUCCUGAAGUAGCAAGCAGACAGGUACCCUCUCGCGCCCCCACUCCUCGAAUAACCCCUGGCCCCGAAGGCCUCGCCAUCCGUCGACCGAGCUCUCGAGGUAAAGCUGCGAGUCAAGAGCCGCAGCUCUCGUUAGCUGCAGAUCGCCCACGACGAGCGAGCACUGCUCGCAACACGCCGGCGCCCGAGCCUCGACCACCAAAGCGAACUAAGCGGCCUGCUCCUGGAAUUGUUAGCACCACCAAAAGCGGCGGUAACAGCGCUGUUGGUAAGCGAAAGGCGCCACCCAAGAAGAAGGCUCGACCUAAGAAGGACAGGGGUUCUGCCGAGGUUGAGCUGGAGGAUGUAGAUGAUGAUGGAAACCCCAUCGAUCCUGACGAGCCCAAGUACUGCCUCUGUAACAGGGUCAGCUUUGGCACAAUGAUUGCUUGCGAAAACUCCGAGUGCAAGCAAGAAUGGUUUCACCUCGAGUGUGUUGGACUCACUGAAGUCCCUGCACGCACAACUAAAUGGUACUGUCCUGAGUGUCGGGUCAAGCUUAAUAUUGGUGAAAAGGGCGAGGUCAGUGCCCGUGGGGUCAAGAAGUGA